CUAUUUCCGCGCGACGCGUGCUCGCCGCACGAUCGGGACGCGUGUGCCCUCCUCGUGUCGCCCGUGCCGCGCCGUGACUCGUGAGAGGGUAGUGUGCGCGCCGAGUGCCCCAGCAGUGCCUCCUCGCCGACGAGCGUUCGCUCGUCCGUCCGUCCGUCCGUCGCUUAAGUUCGUUGCUUCGUCCGUUUGCGGAGGGAAACGUCUGUACCGUGAAUUGGUGAAGAGAGAGAGGAGGGAUUGCACACCGAGGCGAUAUCGCGAUACAUAUCGCGAGCACUCGCGAGUGAACGGCCCGAUGUGAACCGCGCGCGCGAGGAGUUACGGAGAGGGUUGAUCCGGUGUUGUCUCGCGGCGUGGGCGCGCGCGCGCGCGCCUGCCUGUCGAUCGCCCUGUGUGAACGUACGUUGUCAUAUCGACUUGGAUCUCGCCCGCUCUCUUCCUCCGUCGUCACCAACCGCGUCUCGUCGUCGUCGUCUUUGCCGGCUCUCUUCAGAGUUGAACGACUGCGCGCGGCGCAAGAAAUCGGCCCGGAUCAUGGAUUGGACCCGGGGGAUCGGGCUGACCAGCGUGUUGUUGUUCUGCCUCGGGAUCGGAGAAACAAACGGCCUGAGGAUGCUGGAGCUGGUGGUGCCGGAGCACGUGGUGCGCGGGCAAAAUAUACGUCUCGAGUGCAACUUUAAUCUGGACGGCGAGACGCUGUAUUCGGUCAAGUGGUACAAGGACGGCAACGAGUUCUACCGAUACGUACCCCAGGACAAGCCACCUGUUCUGGUGUUCCCCUUGCCGGGUGUCACCGCGAACAUUCACAAUUCCACCGAACGGUCGGUCGUCCUUCAAUCCGUGAACCUCAUGAGCACGGGCCGCUACAGAUGCGAAGUUUCGGCGGAGGCGCCGUCCUUUCAGACCGUUUCCGACCACUCGGAUAUGCUGGUAGUCGCCCUGCCGGAGGAGGGGCCCAUUAUCACGACGCGACCCGAGAAACAUCGUAAUCAAGUCGGCGACGUCGUGCGAUACAAUUGCACUUCGGCGAAGUCGAAGCCACCUGCCAUACUCAGCUGGUUCAUCAACGGCGAACAAGUCGACAUGCAGUUCUUGAAGGGGCCCCACGUCACCGACGCGGACCGGGAGGGUCUGAAGACUACCACGCUCGGUCUGGAGUUCCGUCUGCGCUCGAAGCACUUCAAGAGGGGAGACUUGAAGAUCAAAUGCCUGGCGAUGAUAGCGACCGUAUAUUGGAAAUCGAAUGAGCUCAGCAUAGAGGGUGAGAGGCCCCUGAAGAUGCCGGUAAUGGAGAGCAGGGAGACAAGGGCGCAAGGGCACACGCACGCCGAGCAUAUCCUAGCGAACGGAAGGAGCACAACGUUAGGACCGUGUGCCGUGCUGAUCGUCGCUGGAUUACUGAUGUCGCGGUAAGGACCGAGGGUACACCUCCGCCCUCCGCCCUCUGUGCUCAUCCUCUAAGGCCUGGAAGCCACCCUCGUGUGACAUUAUUACGUAAUAAAUUACCCACGUUGUUUAUAUUUUUUAUAAUUGCAAUUAGUGAAGUUAGAGACCACGUAAUCGUAGGCAGACGACACAUUAUCGGUACGUUAUCACGUAGUAAACCUUGAUCGAACGCGCGGAGGCGCCUCUGGAAGAAGCCGCUGAGGGAUGCACCUGUCUUUCCUUUUCACCCUAUCCGUCGGAAAAUCGCGCGUUGAUUCUCUCGCGUUACGCAAAUUGCACAACCGCGUUCGCGAGCACGAAAGAAAAGCCACGACAGGGCGUUCUCGCUUUCGUCACGAUCUGUCGUUUAUCGCGAAAAUCGAAGCCGCGACUGUUCUCUCUCUCUUUUCUUCUCCUUCCUUCUCUCUCCCUCUCUCUCUCUCUCUCUCUCUCUCUUUUUCUCACUCUCUUUUAUUUUUUUCAUUUUUAACAUCGCCCAUCGGCGACUCACGCGUAAGUGCAUAAUUCGAUCUCUUCGGACACACGUUCACGCGGCAUACACAACACGAUAACAUACCACACGCAUAAUAUACACAUACACACGCGGAAACCCACAUACGCACUUCGUCUGUAUAUUCGCUUUGUGGCUAGCGCGUAUCCGCCGUGCGAGCGCGAAGAACGUGGCGAUUCCCCGAGUUUUUAUCGAAUUUUUAUUAAACCGCGCGUGUUAUGUGUCCGAAUCAACGGCCGGAGGAAGCGACGAAGCGUGCGAGUGCGCUUUAUUCGGUGUCAAUUCGCGAUAUAAAAAUAUCUCCGGCCGUUAUGAGACCCUCCCCCUCCUCGGAGCGUUAACACGAUCGAUUAGCGCACACCGCGCUCGAAAACUGCCCCAAGAUACUGCCCCUCUUCGAGAUACUGCCCCGCAAAAUAUUCCAAGCCUCGUUGCUCGACGGGAUUAACAAUUAUCGGCGUGCCUCCGUUCGACACUUCGUACGGCGGAUAUUUAGUUGAGAAGACCGAGGGCGACGCGCGCGACGGCGAUACGUGCUCGCACCGGUCGAUGAAAUAAGCGCGGAUCGGGAGCCCGCGUGUCGGGCAAGGACGAGGAAGGGAGAGAAAUGGAGCGACGCGAGACACCAAUAAUGACGACAACAACAGCAGCAGCAGCACAGCGAGAGAAAUCACGUCGUUCGCCGUAGCCCUUAACGAUCUAGUCGCUAUUAAUCGUGCGUAACGAGAUAAUGUCCUAGGAAUAAUUGUACGACAUGUGUGACUGUAGCGUGCGUUUACCAAAGAUUUUUGAACUUUUCACGCUAAGCAUUCCUAAUUGUUAAUCACGGUGGCAUCACGGUGUGUAGAGAGACAUUCGUCGGUAAAAAGAAAAAAAAACACAGGAAAAAGAAAAAAAGUACUGCCACACUCUUUAUCUAUGAUAGCUGUAAGGGCACUCCUCUGUACAUAUGUAUAUAUUAU